AUCUCAGCCAAUAAAAAUGCUUGGAAAUUGCUAGUUCUUCCUAAAAGAGAUUUCGAAAUUUAUAUAAAAGGCACAGAAUUUGUUUAUCCCCUUUUUUUCUUCAUUACUUUAUUUCACUAUAAAUAACUAUAUAAACAUGUCUGAAGGAAAAUCUAUCGGUAUUGAUUUGGGAACCACCUACUCUUGUGUUGCUGUCUGGCAAAACGAUCGCGUUGAAAUCAUUGCCAACGAUCAAGGUAACCGUACCACUCCCUCUUAUGUUGGUUUCACCGACUCCGAACGUCUUAUUGGUGAUGCCGCCAAGAACCAAGUCGCCAUGAACCCUUACAACACCGUCUUCGAUGCCAAGCGUUUGAUCGGUCGUCGUUUCGCUGAUGCCGAAGUUCAAGCUGAUAUGAAGCACUGGCCUUUCAAGGUGAUCGAGAAGGAUCAAAAGCCCGUUAUCCAAGUUGACUAUAAGGGUGAGGCCAAGACCUUCACUCCCGAAGAAAUCUCUGCUAUGAUCCUUGUCAAGAUGAAGGAAACUGCCGAAGCUUACCUCGGAACUACCGUCAAGAACGCUGUUAUCACCGUCCCUGCUUACUUCAACGAUUCUCAACGUCAAGCUACCAAGGAUGCUGGUUUGAUUUCCGGUAUGAACGUUCAACGUAUUAUCAACGAACCCACUGCCGCUGCUAUCGCUUACGGUUUGGAUAAGAAGGUCGAAGGUGAGCGUAAUGUAUUGAUUUUCGAUUUGGGUGGAGGAACCUUCGAUGUUUCUCUCUUGACCAUUGAAGAUGGUAUCUUCGAAGUUAAGGCCACUGCUGGUGAUACUCAUUUAGGUGGUGAAGAUUUCGAUAACCGUCUCGUUGAUCACUUCAUGCAAGAAUUCAAGCGUAAGUUCAAGAAGGACAUCACUGGUAAUGCUCGUGCCAUCCGUCGUCUUCGUACCGCAUGUGAGCGUGCAAAGCGUACUUUGUCUUCUGCUGCUCAAACCACCAUCGAAAUCGAUUCUCUCUUCGAAGGUGUUGACUUCUAUACCUCUUUGACUCGUGCUCGUUUCGAGGAAUUGAACCAAGAUCUCUUCCGUAACACCAUGGAUCCCGUCGAAAAGGUUCUCCGCGAUUCCAAGAUUGAUAAGGGUUCCGUCCACGAUAUCGUCCUUGUCGGUGGUUCCACUCGUAUCCCCAAGGUCCAAAAGAUGGUCUCCGAUUUCUUCAACGGUAAGGACCCCAACAAGUCUAUCAACCCUGAUGAAGCUGUUGCCUAUGGUGCCGCUGUUCAAGCUGCUAUUCUUUCCGGUGAUACCUCUGAAAAGACCCAAGAUCUCCUUCUUUUGGAUGUCGCUCCUCUCUCUCUCGGUAUUGAGACUGCUGGUGGUGUCAUGACUGCUCUUAUCAAGCGUAACACUACUGUCCCCACCAAGAAGUCCGAAGUCUUCUCUACUUAUGCCGAUAACCAACCCGGUGUUCUCAUUCAAGUCUUUGAAGGUGAGCGUGCUCGUACUAAGGAUAACAACAUUCUCGGUAAGUUCGAGUUAUCUGGUAUCCCUCCUGCUCCUCGUGGUGUUCCUCAAGUUGAAGUUACCUUCGAUGUUGAUGCUAACGGUAUCUUGAAUGUCUCUGCUCUUGAUAAGACUACUGGUAAGUCCAACAAGAUUACCAUCACCAACGAUAAGGGUCGUCUUUCCAAGGAAGAUAUUGAACGUAUGGUCAACGAUGCUGAAAAGUACAAGGCUGAAGAUGAAGAAGCUGCUUCUCGUAUCCAAGCUAGAAAUGGUCUCGAAUCUUAUGCUUAUAACCUCCGUAACACUCUUCAAGAUGAAAAGGUUGGUGGUGCUCUCCCCGCUGAAGAUAAGGAAAAGGUCAAGAAUGCUUCUGAUGAAGCCAUCAAGUGGUUAGAUGAAUCUCACGAAGCCUCCAAGGAAGAAUAUGAAUCCAAGCAAAAGGAACUCGAAGAAAUUGUCAACCCCAUCAUGAUGAAGUUCUAUCAACAAAACGGUGGUGCUGAAGGUGCUGCUCCUGGCGGUUUCCCUGGCGGUGCCCCUGGUGCCCCUCCUGCUAACCACGAUGAUGGACCUUCCGUUGAAGAGGUUGAUUAAAUAACCUAUUAUCUAUUGCAUACAUAUCCCCUUCUAUCCCGUAAAAAAAAAAAGAAAAAGCAUAUUUAUUUGUAUUAUACUCCCUUUAAGACCUUUCUUAUUAUUUUCUAUAUUGCUUAAUUUUCUAUUUGUUAAUAAAUAUUUGUAC